UUGCUAACUUGUCUAUAAUUCACAUAAUAAAUAAUAGUUUAGCAUUUGGAUGCAUCGCAAAUAUGGAAAUAUUAUGGACUAUUUGGAUUUGUGCCGAAUGAGAGAGCUCUGAUGUGUGUGACGUUCUCGCAGCUUCAUGACUAUUUCUUUGUGCCUGAGAAAGUGAACUGGACAACUGCGCAGACAUACUGCAGACAGCAUUACACUGAUCUCGCCACCAUUGACAACCAACAAGAUAAUGAUAAUGUGCUAAACACAGCAGGGUACUCAAACUCUUGGAUCGGACUCUAUCGGACUUCGGGUGACACUCCUUUAAUCUGGUCGGAUGGGAGCAACCUCACAUAUUCAGACUGGGGUGCUGGACAACCCAGCAAUAAUAAUAACGCUCAGUGGUGUGUUAGUAUUUACAGUCAGCGCUGGAAUGACAAAGAAUGUUACUACAUUUUUCCUUUUGUGUGUUAUCUUGAGAGGAAGAAAAUGACUGUGAGAGUGGAGUUGAAAUCGAGUCAAAAUCUGAACGAUCCUGCAGUGAUGAACGAGAUUUUGGCAAAGAUGGAGCAGAUACUGAAGGAGAAGGGCUUGGAAGAGCAUGCUAAAUUGUUGUGGAGAAACCAGUCCAAAGGGAAUGUCUUACAAAAGAAGCAACAGAAGAGCGACGCUAAUCAGACUUGCCUUACAAACAAGUAGGGUUGGGUAUCGAGAACCGGUUCCAAAUUUCCAAGAACCAGGUAUUCGAUAGGACAUGUGCAUUUCGAUUCCGCUUAACGAUUCCUCCUGUGGCAAUUUAAUGUGAUUUUAACUGAUUUGCGCACAGGACGUGAAAGAACUUGAGCGAUGUUUGCGUGCAGCACACACAUCUGAAUUAUAUAACCUUCUUUGACUAACUGUUAGCAUGCUGUUCAUAUUCAAUCCUUAGUAAUGUACAGAGAGAAUGCUGUAUCUGUCUCUAUUUAUCUUCAUGUCCACAAUCUUUCCAGGGUGUCUCGUUAUAUGAUAAACUCUUGUGUAUUUAUCAAGUGUGGAUUCACGUAGAAAUGUUCAUUUAGCAUUGCUCUCUGAAUUACGGCUCUGAAAUCAUAUCUGCAUGGCAUUAUUAGUUUUGAAUAGACAAAAUUUGAAAGCCUAAACGCAAACUACUGGCAAAAACAACGAUCAAGAUCACUGUAGUUCAUGUAAGCACAACACAGCAGUGACAGUUGGAUUAAAAGUAUAUUUAUAUAUUCAGUGUAUAUUCAGCUCUUAUGUCCAAAUUAUUACCAUAGCUGAUAAAACAGUGUAAAAAAAAAAAAAUCUAGUCUAGUGUAAUGCAUUUCCCAACUAGACCCAGGUCUGCUUUUUUCAGUAAUUCAACUCAAAU